AUGGAUCCAGAAAUUGGCUCUACCCUCAAACACUCAAACACCAAUGACCAAGAUGCUCGCGACCUGGCAGAGCUGGGCCAUUCGCAAGCCCUCAGCCGUAAAUUCGAUACCUGGAGCAUGCUUUCUCUCGCCUUUGUGGUUCUAGGGACUUGGUCCGUUUUCGCGCAGAGUCUCGCCAGCGGGCUCAUUAGUGGCGGCCCCAUUGCCAUUCUGUGGGGUUUGUGCCUGGUUACCUUCAGCAACAUAUGUAUUGGUGUGUCGCUUGGAGAACUCUGCAGCAGCAUGCCUACGGCUUUAGGCCAGGCUUACUGGGUGUCGCGUCUCUGGCCAACCCCCACCGGACGGUUCGUCUCUUAUAUGUGCGCUUGGAUCAACACCUUUGGCUGGUGGACCUUGUCUGCGUCAACACUGGCUUUCAUGACCGAAUUCAUACUAGGCAUGAAUUUGUUGUUCGACGAGACUUGGUCGGCGGCUACGACGGGCUGGGUGCAAUUUCUGGUCUACUUGGGCGUGACCUUUGUCCUGACGGUAUUGAACGUCAUCGCUUGCCGUAUGGACCAAAUUCUUCCCAUGUUCAACAACUUUGUGGGGGUUACGUUUGUCGGCCUGUUCUUUGUCAUCGGAUUGGCUUUACUCCUAUCUGUUGGUACCAAAGGCAAUCUUCACUUCCAGCCUGGCUCGUUCGUUUUCGGCGCCUGGAUCAACCAAACAGGAUGGAACGAUGGCGUCGCCUGGUUCAUGGGUCUGGUCCAGGCGGCGUACGGGUUAACUGCAUUCGACGCGGCAAUUCAUCUCGUCGAAGAGAUUCCGUCCCCGAGAAAAAACAUCCCAAGAGUCAUUUGGCUCUCCAUCCUUUGCGGCGCGGCCACUGGCUUCAUUUUUAUGGUUAUUUGCCUCUUCUCCAUCCAAGACCUCGAACAAGUGCUCAACCCUUCCACUGGUCUCCCUUUCAUGGACCUCGUCAAAGGCACUGUUGGACUUGAAGGGUCGGCAGUUCUUCUGGCGCUUUUUAUAUUCAACGGCCUUGGGCAGGGAGUGACUGUAGUUACGACAGCAUCCCGUUUGACCUGGGGAUUUGCUCGUGACGGCGGCCUUCCUUGGAGUAUUUACUUUUCUCACAUUGAUGAGACAUGGAAGGCACCAGUAAGAGCAUUGUGGCUGCAAGGAGCCAUUAUUGGACUGGUUGGCGUCUUAUACACGUUCUCCAACACUGUCCUCGAAGCUAUUGUCGGCGUCAGCACAAUUGCUCUCACAGUCUCCUAUGCGAUGCCGAUCUUGACCCUUCUGGUUGUGGGAAGAGAUAAACUGCCACCCGGGGAGUUCCAUCUUGGCCGCUUCGGGCCCGUCGUCAAUUGGAUUUCUCUUGUUUACUGCGCAAUUACUACCGUUUUCUUCUUCUUCCCGUCAACACCCACCCCAGCAGUUGCGGAUAUGAACUAUGCUAUAGUUGUGUUUGGAAUAAUUCUUCUCUUUAGUCUGAGCUUUUGGUUUAUCAGAGGACGUCAGACAUACUUGCAGGUGGAGGAAAUCGCUGAGCGAGUUCUUUAUGGGGCAGCUACGGAGCAGACGGCGAAUGUGAACAAUGUGCCUUUAAAGAAGUAG